AAUAUAAAGAGCAGCCAUCUUGUUCUUUGUAAUUUCUUUUCUCUCAAGUCUUUCUAUUUUACCAACUUCCUCUGAUUGAUUCAUCUCCCGAUCACAGGCACUGAGUUUCUUAUUUAAGAAUUAACAAGUAAGUGGUUGGCUAUGAAAAGUGAAUAUAUUUCUCUGUGAGAAGGGAAGUAUCUGCAAAAUGGCUUCUAGGGCAAUUUUAAGACGGAAGAGAGUGAUUUCUGAUUACUUGAAUGCCUCAACUCGCACAAUUCAGAGUUUCCAAUGUCUUGGUCAUGCAGCUCCGAAAUUGGAUACACACAUAUAUAAUGGUACUACGAGCCAGUCGUCUUCAGAUGUUAAUUAUGCAAAAGAAUCGGAAAGAAAUUUAGCGGCAAGAGCAGGAUUAUUUGGCUUUUCCAGAGCAGGGCAGUUUAGGCAUGGAUUUUACAAUACCACAAUUUUGGGUCAUGGACGUGUGCAAACAGAGUUGGUUUAUCCAAGAAGAUUGAUGUUACUUUCUGUUCGUGAUGCAUCAACUGUUACAGCAAAGCAACCAGACUUGGGCAGUGAUGAUGAGAACAAUGAAGAAAUAGUUGCUAGAAGGAGAAAGGUAGCAUCUCCUGAAGAAUGUGAUCAAGCUGUUGAAGGUUUGAGCACUGCAAAAGCCAAAGUGAAAGCAAAACGCUUGCAUGAAUCUCAAAAGGUUGCUAAAUCCAUUUUACAAAGAACGUGGGCUAUGCUUCUGGGGAUUGGUCCUGCUUUCAGGAUGGUCGCUUCUAUGAGCAGGGAGGACUGGGCCAAGAAACUUUCUCACUGGAAACAUGAAUUUGUCUCAACAUUGAAACAUUACUGGUUAGGUUGCAAGCUUCUAUGGGCUGAUGUGAGGAUCAGUUCAAGAUUGCUAUUAAAACUUGCUGGUGGGAGGAGUUUAUCCAGAAGGGAGAGGCAACAGCUUACCCGUACCACUGCUGACAUUUUUAGACUAGUGCCCUUUGCAGUCUUUAUCAUUGUUCCAUUCAUGGAAUUUCUGCUACCAGUAUUCUUAAAAUUGUUCCCCAACAUGUUGCCAUCAACCUUUCAAGAUAAGAUGAAAGAGCAGGAAGCACUGAAAAGGAGGCUAAAUGCAAGAAUAGAAUAUGCUAAGUUUCUUCAGGAUACUGUCAAAGAAAUGGCAAAGGAAGUCCAAAACACACGAAGUGGAGAAAUCAAGAAAACUGCUGAGGAUCUUGAUGAGUUUCUGAACAGGGUUAGAAGGGGUGCAGGUGUUUCUAAUGAGGAGAUUUUGGGCUUUGCUAAGCUUUUCAAUGAUGAGCUAACUUUGGAUAAUAUUAGCCGGCCUCGCUUGGUCAGUAUGUGCAAGUACAUGGGAAUCAGCCCUUUUGGAACAGAUGCAUACUUGCGUUACAUGCUUCGUAAAAGACUCCAAAGGAUCAAGAAUGAUGAUAAGUUGAUCCAAGCAGAGGGCGUGGAGUCUCUUUCAGAGGCCGAACUUCGUGAAGAAUGUAGAGAGCGAGGCAUGCUUGGGUUGUUAUCGGUUGAAGAAAUGCGGCAACAGCUUCGUGAUUGGUUGGAUCUGUCUCUCAAUCACUCUGUUCCAUCUUCCCUUAUGAUCCUUUCAAGGGCCUUUACUGUCUCUGGAAAAAUGAAACCGGAGGAAGCUGUUCAAGCAACUUUGUCUUCUCUGCCUGAUGAGGUUGUCGAUACUGUUGGUGUUACAGCAUUGCCAUCAGAGGAUUCUGUUUCAGAGAGGAGGAGAAAGCUGGAGUAUCUUGAGAUGCAGGAAGAACUUAUCAAGGAGGAGGAAGAAAAAGAGGAAGAGGAGCUUUCCAGGAUAAUAGAAUCUAAAGUUAACGAAGAGGAUGUGGCACUGAAAGAGAUGAUUACACCAACAGCACUUGAAGCACAAGAACAAGCUAGAGCAAGAACAUUGGAGAAACAAGAGCAGCUCUGUGAACUUAGCCGUGCACUUGCAGUUUUAGCUUCAGCAUCUUCAGUGAGCAGAGAACGUGAAGAGUUCUUAAGCCUAGUUAACAAGGAGAUAGAGCUUUACAACAGCAUGGUAGAGAAGGAGGGUACCGAUGGGGAAAAAGAGGCCAUUAGGGCCUAUAGAGCUGCCCGAGAGGAAAAUGAUCAUGCUUCUGAAGUGAAUGAGCGUGACAAUGUUUCUUCAGCACUAAUAGAAAAGGUUGAUUCCAUGCUGCAAAAUCUUGAGAAGGAAAUUGAUGAUGUAGAUGCCAAAAUUGGUAACCAUUUGCGACUACUAGACAGGGAUUAUGAUGGCAAAGUUACACCUGAAGAGGUAGCAGCUGCUGCUAUGUAUUUGAAGGAUACAUUAGGCAAGGAAGGUGUUCAAGAACUCAUCAGCAAUCUUUCUAAAGAUGGAGAUGGGAAGAUUCUUGUUGAAGACAUUGUCAAAUUGGGCAGUCGGACGGAAGAUGGCAACACUGCGGAAUAGCUGAAACUGGAUAUUUGAUAUGAUUUUUCAUUAUGGAAUUGUCCUGAUAGUAGUACUUGGUACCUAAUCGGGGCUUUAGUUGCCUGAUCAAGAGCAUGCUGCUAGAUCUGACAAACAUUCUUUGAAUGCUUCAUGUUCCUGCUGUCAAUUUCUCUACCUUGGUUUCUAUACUUAGGUACUCCUUGGGACUCGUACUCAUAUACACACAGCUUUAGAUACUCCUACCAUUCUGAUGAGAUUUCACAUUGCAUAUUUUUACUAGUGUUGUAAAAAUUAAUGGUGAUAAAUAAUAUAUACGUAUACAGAAAAGAAAUUGAAGCCUUGAUAUUGGCCAUAUAUUCUGUUGUGUAAUAUGUAAUUAUUGGAAAUUAAUUUCUAUUGAAAGAUCAUUUUUGCCCCUGA